AUGCGCGUUCUCAAAUUUGUGUGCCUGUUGGCCUCAGUUGCCGCAGCAAAGCCUACCUCAUGGCCAUCACACAAGGUCGUUGAGCGUCUUGACUUUGUCCCAGAAGGAUGGCAGAUGGUUGGUGCCGCAGACCCUACUGCUGUCAUUGAUUUUUGGCUUGCUAUCGAGCGCGAAAACCCAGAAAAACUCUAUGACACCAUCUAUGAUGUCUCCACCCCCGGACGUGCACGAUACGGCAAACAUUUGAAACGCGAAGAAUUGGAUGAUUUGGUGCGCCCAAGAGCAGAGACGAGUGAGAGCAUUGUCAGCUGGCUCACUAACGGUGGCGUCAACCCUCAACGUAUUCGAGAUGAAGGAGAUUGGAUCAAGUUCUCCACCAAUGUCAAGGUUGCUGAGCAGUUGAUGAAGACUCAAUUCCACGUUUUCAAGGACGAUGUAAACUCUGCGUUGAGAAUUCGAACUUUGGAAUACUCCGUUCCCGCAGCUAUAUCCGCUCAUGUCCAAAUGAUUCAGCCGACGACCUUAUUCGGAAGACAGAAGCCACAGAACAGCUUGAUCCUCAACCCCUUGACCAAAGAUCUCGAGGGCAUGUCGGUUGAAGAAUUUGCUGCUUCCAAAUGCAGUUAUUUGGUUACUACUGCAUGCCUUAGAGAAUUGUAUGGUCUCGGUGACCGUGUCACUCAGGCUAGAGACGAUAACCGAAUUGGUGUCUCCGGCUUUUUGGAGGAGUAUGCCCAGUACCGUGACCUUGACCUCUUCCUAUCUCGCUUUGAGCCGUCCGCGAAAGGAUUCAACUUCAGCGUAGGCCUUAUUGCAGGAGGAAAGAACACCCAGGGCGGCUCGGGAAGCUCUACUGAGGCUAACCUUGACAUGCAAUACGUCGUUGGUCUCUCUCACAAGGCAAAGGUGACCUAUUACUCCACUGCUGGCCGUGGUCCAUUGAUUCCCGACCUAUCUCAGCCAGAUCAAGCCUCAAAUAACAACGAGCCAUACCUUGAACAGCUCCGCUACCUCGUGAAGCUCCCCAAGGACCAGCUUCCAUCCGUAUUGACAACUUCCUACGGAGACACUGAACAGAGCUUGCCAGCCAGCUACACCAAAGCCACCUGUGAUCUUUUCGCUCAGCUCGGAACCAUGGGUGUGUCCGUUAUCUUCAGCAGCGGCGAUACUGGUCCCGGCAGCUCAUGCCAAACCAACGAUGGCAAGAACUCGACUCGCUUCAACCCUAUCUACCCAGCUUCAUGUCCAUUUGUGACUUCAAUCGGUGGAACCGCCGGUACGGAGCCAGAGCGUGCUGUUUCAUUCUCUUCUGGUGGAUUCUCCGACAGAUUCCCUCGUCCACAGUAUCAGGAUAAUGCUGUUAAGGGUUACCUGAAGAUACUGGGUAAUCAGUGGAGUGGAUUAUUCAACCCCAAUGGCCGAGCUUUCCCGGAUAUUGCUGCUCAGGGGUCAAAUUUUGCCGUCUAUGACAAGGGUAGGAUGACUGGGGUUUCCGGCACCAGUGCAUCUGCUCCCGCUAUGGCAGCCAUUAUCGCUCAGCUGAACGAUUUCCGACUGGCAAAGGGUUCUCCUGUCCUCGGAUUUUUGAACCCAUGGAUCUAUUCCAAGGGUUUCUCUGGCUUUACGGAUAUUGUUGAUGGAGGUUCUAAAGGCUGCACUGGUUAUGAUAUUUACAGCGGCCUGAAGGCAAAGAAAGUUCCCUAUGCCAGCUGGAACGCAACCAAGGGAUGGGACCCAGUAACAGGAUUUGGUACUCCCAAUUUCCAAGCUCUCACUAAAGUGCUCCCCUAA